AUGGCUGAUUUAAACCAAGUCGACCUUUUGUUAAUCGGUAAAACUGGAAAUGGAAAAAGUGCAACCGGAAACAGUAUACUGAAACGUGAAGCUUUUGAAAGUGUAUCUAGCUCUACAUCUGUUACAAUGCAGAUCAAAUAUGAAUUUUCGGAGUUCAGUGGUCGAAUCAUUAAAGUUGUCGAUGGCCCAGGCAUUGGAGACACUCGGCUGAACAAAGAGGAUUCCAUUAGGUUUACGAUGGAAGCAAUGGCUAAAGCAAUUGCUAUAAAUCCCAGGGGUUACCAUGCUUUUCUUCUUGUUGUGAGAUUUGGUGGUAGAUUCAUCGAAGAGGAUGUAGACACAAUAGAAUUUCUGAAGAAGACAUUUGGCCAAGAUUUCGUGGAAGAUUUCUGUAUAUUAAUCAUGACAUACGAAAAAUCUUUUGCCCAGUGGUGUAAUGAACAAGAAGGAGCGUUACAAAACCUGAUGAAGGAAUGCGAUAACAGAGAGAAGAAGAACAAACAGAUUGCAAAUCUUCUCCAAGUUGUAGACAACUUAAGAUCCAGAGGUAGAAGAUAUACGGAUGAAACUUUUGAAAAUAAAUCCAUCAUUCAGGACGAGACCAUUACAGAAACAAGCCUGAUAUUAGCGAGGUUUGGAGAAGUGCAGAAAAUGACUGACUCGGGAGAAAAAAUUGAGCUACUGAAAAAACUUCAAAUGAGAGUUAAAUCUCUACACAAAUCAGUUUUGGAUCAGGACCAAGACACUGGAGCUUUGCAUGAGCUAUGUGAAAUUGUGAACAUAAUCAAUAGUAGAAUCAUUGAACAAAUCGGCCUUUGUAAAAGCAGGAUGGACGAAAGACGGAAUGCUAAACAACAAAAAGAAACUAACGAAAGGGCGAUUGAACAAUUGGAGUAUAAGCAUAAACAAGAGGAGGCAAAAAUUAAUCAAAAUUAUGGAGAACUGGUCAAAAAUUAUAACUGUGUGAAGGAAGAAAAUGAAUAUGGAAUCAUGGAUGUAAUUCUUGAUGUUGCAACGUUAGGACUUAGAAGCGCACUGGAGUGGCUAAUCAAGUAUGUUUCAAGUUAA